CCGCUGGAAGUGGCACAAAACUUUGGCGCCAUUGGAUCUCCCACCGUCGCUUGGAGCCAUCUCCCUCCAUGACCUUCACAGAGGACGCCUCUUCAUCUAGCUACACUGGAUCUAUCUACAUGCAGGAACUAGUACCCUGAUACCUCGGCAAGGCACUAUAAGCAUUAUCAGCAACAAUCAAAAUGGAGAGACAGAGCUCCAAUUUAUCUCCCAAACCGUCCAGAAGUCCUGGGAGUUUUUCACAUCCAGGUAGUGUCCCCACGAGUCCAAUAGCAAGACGGCGAAAGUCUAAUAACAAGAGUGGUGCUGCAAUAUUUGUCUUCCUGCGAGCCUUGAGCAUUUUGGGCCCUCUUGGAUUUUUGGGCAACAUUGUCUACUUUCAGUUUUAUUUCCCUUACAAUGACCAAGAAGGAAACUCAGAACUAGUCCACGGCUUUUCCAUUAGUUUCAAAGGGGGUUUGCAGCGUGUCCACAGUUAUAUUGACCCUCAUGGCAGAAAGAUGACUGGGAGGGAUGAUAUAACCGAUGAUUUUACCGAAAAUAACAACAAUCUUCCGGAAGUGCUAUCUGGAACCGCUGUAUUACACCGCCUCCAAAAACAGGCAGCAUUUAGUUGGAAAGAGUGUGGGUCUUCCUCCAGAGCCACAGUGGCCCUGGCCAAGCAGUUGUCUGGCAACCAAGGACAGUUACGAGCUACUUCUGAGACGUUAUUGGAACCAUUUGAGCUAAAAGAUACCCUUCUCCAACUGCAAACAGGGAAAAGACGAAGGCUGCAAGAAGCCAAUAACACUUCGUCGUCAAAUGGCGGCAUCGAGCAGUGUCAGGUACCUCAGCCAGGCAGUCUGGAAUGUCAGGAAUCCACCUACGCCAUGAUUGUAACCUUUCAAGGAGAGUGCAAUUUUCGACAGUUGUUCAUGAAUUUGCUGGCCUUUCUUACGUUCCCAUCUGUCUCUGACAUUAUCGUGCUCAUGCCACACGAUGAUUGGGGGUUUGAAGAACAUUCUACCGUGGAUGUCAAAUACAAAGAACGACUCAAAGCAUGGCACAACGACAAGCAGCACAAAGUGUGGAUGAUUGGGUUGCCCCAAACUUUGACAGAUGAAGGAAAAUACAGUUUUGACUUCAUUGUACACAAGGUCAUGGUUCGACUUGGAUCUGCCAAAGCGAUACUCUUCAUGGAUGGAAGUACUCUGUGGAAUGGAAACCUUCGAGGAAUCCAUGCUGGCUUUGAAUUGUGGAAACAGCAUCCACAUGCCCUUGUGGCAGCGGCAGCAGCACCAUCCAAGCAAGAAGAUUGUCCUCAGGGGUCGUCAUCCUCGUCCUGGGCAGCCUUUUGUCAAUCAUCAUCAUCUCCCAUUCCCAAUGAAAUGAACAAGCUACAUCACCAGUAUCAAAAUGUCCUGGACAUGAAUGGUGUUUUCGUUCAUCGAGACCUGCUGUGUCUCCUGCGACAACCCCCACUAUCCACAAUUCUCAUUCAAUCUGUUUGGCGGGUCUUGGAUGAUUAUCGCAGUGACCAGUCCACAUCUGCCUACAUUCGAGCCAUUAUGGCCACAACACUGCUGCAGCUAUCGGGACCGAAACCACCACUGUUGUUCCCGCCGCGCAUUGCACGGCCCAAAAAUGAAACCAAGGAUUACAACGACUAUUGGCAUUACAUGGCACCACUCAAAGAGAGAGAAUGGUUGGAGGCUCUUCGUGCCAACAAUACACAGACACAAGACCAAGUGUUGGUAGAAUUGUUGGGGUACUUUGGGACGGGACUGAGCACAACAAUAGGACAUCAUCAUGCACCGUACUGGUGCAGCAGUGGCCAAACAGAAAAGGGUGUAUAUUUCAUGUCGGACAUGGCAUGGAUUGGACCCAACAGCAGAUGUUGAUUGCACAAUUAUUAUAAAUAGUACGGCGAUAUGUCACCAAUUGAGGCAACGUUUGCAAAAGCAUGUACUUGCUAGCUAGCUAGCUAGUCUUCCAACAAGAGAACACGCUAUCAAACGAGUCAACUGAUGAACGUUUCCAACCCGAGUACAACAUUAGUUUGCUUGAUUAAUUCCCUAAAGACACGAGUGGCAGUGGACCCCCUGUUUCGACUGCCUUCGUCGUCGCGAGGCUCACAGCACACGAAAGCGCUCAAUGGGUUUCAUCCACUCAUCAAUCAUGGUUUUGGCAAAAUGUUGCGGUUCCGUCUUUCCCGUCCCAUAAAAAUUGUUGAUGUCCUCGAUUAUGAAUCUGAAAUGAAGCGGAAUCGACGGGUCGGGGAUGACCACUUGAAGUGAAACCUUCGGACCUUGCCGUUUGACCUCGAGCGUCACAUCCACUCGACUUGACAAAAUCGUGAUUCGGGACUUGUCAUCUUGCAACCAAUGCUGAUGAUUAUCUCGUCGUUGCAGCAGUUCUUCGUUGGUCAUAGUAUUCCCAGCCAUUGUACUCGGAAGAUCUAGUUGCAUCACGAGAGUGUCAUCGUUUGGACGCGAGUUUGACUCCAAGAACAAAUCAAGUACACCAUCGCGACUCUGGACAGUGCGCCGAACGGUACCUCCCGAUAAUACGAUUGUGUUUUGUUGUUGUUCGUCAUUGCACACCUCGUCGCCAUCGACGACAUCACCGUGCUGGCCCCACGAUUCCACAAAGGGUCGACUCAAAAGACCGGACGGCCGA